GCGGGCUUUAAGUGGGGGAAGAGAGUUUAAGAGGCGAGAGAGGCUAGGCGGUGCUUUCGAGGCGAAGGCGAGUGAGAACAUUCUCGAGGCUUAUCACCAAGGUGACAAUGGCGCGCUGCGGAGCUUCAGCGGUGGCCAUGGCGGCCUUGCUUCUGCUGAUUGCAGCUGCCACACCUGCACUUGCGCAACCCGCGUCCGUGACCAUUAGUGGGGUCACAUUUGGCGGGAACGGGUGCAGCUGGAGCAACAGCGAAUAUUCCUACUCAAGCAACUCCAAGACAAUCACUUUCAUCUUCGGCGGGAUGGUGGCCACCACCGACGGGGGGCUUGAGGAUAGGCGGAAGGUGUGCCAGAUCUCCAUGUCCAUAAGUUAUCCUGAUGGCUGGACCUACACGCUGGGGCAGGUGACCGGCCGUGGAUUCGCCGACAUUGCCAAAGGAUCCCAGGGCAUUUACGAGACGCAUUUCUACUUCUCGGGGCAGACUGGCACCCCCAGAGUCAGCCGCAUCCUCCCGGGCAAGUUCGUCGACAGCUUUGAGUUCACGGACGACUUCAGCACGUCUGUCUGGAGCCAGUGCAACAACACUCCUAAUCUCAAUAUCAAGUCCGUGGUCAGGGUGGAAGGAAGCCAGGCCGUCAUGGCGCUCGAUUCCUCGGACACCAAGUUCCAGCUCGUCUACUACUUCGACUGGAAGGAGUGCUAAGUUUCCAGAUUUAGAAGCCUCCAAUCGGGGACGUCGCUGAAGCAGAUGACCGGAUGACACAUCAACGGUCCAAGAUGGCGGUUGACUUGACAGCACGACUACGUUGAGUUCGGUCUCGUGGCCAGAAAGCAUGGGUGGCUUGGAUAGAGGCGCUAGACCUCCUUCAGUUCUUGGAGGCUUAUGUCAGACAAGGCCGAGGGUAGUGGUACGUUGGGAACAGUCAUUCAUCUGAAGUCGGGGAGGGACGGGGGUCGUAGUCGGGAGGCUGAGCGUCAUAGAAAAUCUUAUAGGCUAAGGGCGGUGCGAGCAGUCUUUCCGAUCUGAUUGACCCGAGCUGAUUGUAAGCCUGUUACGACGAACAUGUGAGAACG